UUAAUGCUUAUUUUGCCAACGUAGAAAACCCAUUCGUUUGAGUUCUACUACUGUCGUUAUACUAAUAUGCUAACUGCAAUUCGGUAGAAUUAUUAGCAGUUUAUUGCACAUAAUUUUAUGCUUAGUUGCAGUCCUGCCAGCUCCGUAUUUGCAAUUUGCCGGCGUGAAAUUAUAAAUUAUACAACAAAAUGGAUGACAAAAACUCGGAUGAUGACAGCGGCUCUGUUUCCGAUUCCAGUCAUAGUGGCAGUCGCAGUCGAAGCAUCACUCCACGAGGCAGCGCGCCAGGUUCGCCACGUAGCCGAAAAUCAGGCAGCGAGAGUGAUCGGUCGCGAUCUGGCUCACGUUCGUCUGCGGGCUCCAGGUCUGGAUCGGGCUCACCACAUAGUCGGCGCUCUGGCUCAGCGCAUAGUCAGCGUUCAGGGUCGGCACAUAGUCGGCGCUCUGGCUCAGCGCAUAGUCGGCGUUCGGGCUCGGCACGUAGUCGACGCUCCGGCUCCGCGCAUAGCCAACGUUCAGGCUCAGCUCAGAGUCGACAUUCCGGCUCUCCACACAGUCGGCGCUCUGGGUCAGCUCAGAGUCGGCAUUCUGGCUCACCACACAGUCGGCGCUCUGGCUCGGCACAGAGUGCACACUCUGGGUCUCCUGCAAGCAAACGUUCCCGAUCCCGAAGUGGCACGCCACAGAGCAAGCGUUCCAAUCACAAAUCUCGAACAGCUACGCCCAAAGCCGGUAGUGGUAAUGAAGAAAGUCGAUCUAAUUCGCCCAAUCUGCAGAUCGACGAUGAGCGCGCGAAUUCAAAGAGUCGUAGUCGGAGCGGCAGUAGAACAUCCCGAUCGCAUUCACGGUCCAGAUCGGGAACGCCUCGUUCAAGGCGUACAUCGAGGAGCCGCAGCGGUUCCGGCUCAGGCAGUGAUAUUGGUGUGCCCAAAAAGAAACGCCGAAUUUCGGGCAGUGGUUCCGAUAACGAGAAACGCAAAAGUGGCGGCAGCGAUAGCGAUGAAACUUCCCCGACAAAGCCCAAAAAAUCCCGUCUAAUCGAUUCAGACAGCGAUGAAGAUGAGGUGGAAAAGAAACCACCCGCAGCUUCUGAUAUUUUUGGCGAUGCAGACGAUAUUAGUGACGACGAUGAUGCGGAUGCUAAUGCAACGGGGAAAAAAUCUCCCCAGAGGGCGACGCCUUCACGCAGUCGUAGCGUGUCUAAGUCCCGUUCACGCAGUCGCUCUGUAAGUCGCAGCCGCAGCCGGUCACGUUCACGCGAUAGAGACACGACGGAGCCACAACAAACACAGGAGGCCGCCAAGGAGGAUGAGCCUGAACCAUUACCCGAAACACGCAUCGAUGUAGAGAUUCCGCGCAUCUCCGCAGACCUGGGGAAGGAGCAGCAUUUCAUAAAGUUGCCAAAUUUUCUGUCAGUCGUAACCCAUCCCUUCGAUCCAGAAACCUAUGAGGACGAAAUUGACGAGGAGGAAACAAUGGACGAAGAGGGUCGUCAGCGCAUUAAGCUCAAGGUGAGCAACACAAUUCGCUGGCGCGAGUACAUGAAUAAUAAAGGAGAUAUGGUUCGUGAAUCGAAUGCUCGUUUUGUGCGAUGGUCCGAUGGCAGCAUGUCCUUGCAUCUAGGUAACGAGAUCUUCGAUGCCUAUCGCCAGCCACUGCUGGGCGACCACAACCACUUAUUCAUACGCCAGGGUACCGGUCUUCAAGGCCAAUCGGUCUUCCGCACUAAGCUUACCUUCCGACCUCAUUCCACUGAAUCAUUUACGCACAAGAAGAUGACCAUGUCAUUGGCUGAUCGUUCGACAAAGACGAGCGGCAUUAAGAUCCUAACGCAAGUAGGCAAAGAUCCUACCACCGAUCGGCCUACGCAGCUCAAGGAGGAGGAAGCCAAGCUGCGUCAGGCUAUGCGUAAUCAGCAUAAGGCGCCGGUGAAGAAGAAGAAGGCAGGAGCUGGGGAAACGCUCAGCGGCGGCAAUUCAUCAUAUCAGCAGGAUGAUGGCAGUGAUGAUGACAAUGCCAUCAGCUUAAGUGCCAUCAAAAAUCGCUACAAAAAGGGCGCAGGCGGCAGUGCUGCAGCAGAGCCAAAGGCAUCCACCAUUUACUCGUCUGACGACGAUGAAGGGUCCGAUUUUGAGGGCCGUCGCAAUAAGAAAGUCGACAAAACCAAGGCGACGAAAGCGUUACGGGACUCAGACAGUGAAUCGGAAGCAGGCAGCGAGAAAAGCGGUCCAGCCGGCGAUCAAAGCGACGAUAAUGCGAGCCACAAGAGCGGGGCAAGCAGCAAGUCGGGCAGCGGUAGUGGCAGUGGCAGCGGCUCCGGUAGCGGCAGUGGCAGCGAUAAUGAUGACUAAAUCUCAACCCGAUUUCCAUAAAAUACAGAAACGUGACAUGAAUUAGAAACAAAUCGAGAGCCCCAGAUUUUAAAUGCUAUUAUGUAUUAGCUUUCUUAAGAUAAAGAUAUGUUAAGAGAAUUUCGAUUUACGAAAUGGUUGAUUCAGUUCUGUUUUGAUUGUAAUUGAAACAUUGAAAAUUGUAUAAAACAGUGUGU